AUGAGUGUGGAAUUGGUGGAUAGCGGCACCAUAAUUGGGUUCAUUGAGGACCAGGAGGCCUUUGACAACUGGACCAACGACCGGUUUGGUCGCAUGGACACGAACCAUGACGGCAUGGUUUCAUACUCGGAGUUGAUGAACGAGUUGCAGACUCUAAGGGUGUUGGAGAUAACCGAUUUUGGGCUGGAUGAAGUACUAAUUAUUAGCCCAACUCAUGUGUACGAAUCCAUAUUGUUGCAAUUCGAUCAUGAUUGUAAUGGAAGUGUUGAUUUGGAGGAGUUUAAGGAAGAGAUGAAAGGAAUGAUGCUUGCUAUUGCUCAUAACAUUGGAUCGCUUCCUGUUCAGAUGGUCCUAGAACACGACAGCUUUCUUAACAAAGCUGUACAACGUCAACAAUCCCUCAAUUAG